UGACACCAAUGAUUGUGCUGAUAUUCUAUGACGAUUAGUGGUGUCCCUCAUGGUAUAAAUUGUUGACUGCUGUCACAUUUGAACUUCAAUCUGAAAGACCCAUAAUGGCUUUUCUUAUUUUUGUCUCAGUUCUCCUCCUCUCCUCAGCAUUUGCCGAUUCUGGUCUGAUCCCAAAUGAUACUCUUGAUGAUGAAGACGUCUAUUUUUACAAGCAGGUAGAACUGGGUAUUCAGUGUAAGGUGUGCACCAUGGUUGUGAAAAAAGUGGAGAAACUCAUACCUGAUGAUGCCAAUAAGGAUGACCUUAUUAAUCAGCUGCACAUUGUGUGCAGCAAGAUUAUUUUUUUUCAAUCUACAUGCAAGAAAUUUGUGUCCAAGUAUACUGAGAAACUUGUUGAGGAAUUUAAGAAGAAGUCGGACCCAACACAAAUUUGUAGAGACAUUGGAAUGUGCAAGGGAAUCCUACAAGAGAUUUGAUUUACUUACAGGAAAUGUAGACGGUCCGAGCCUGGAGUCCUCACAUACAGGGCACUUUUGAUUCAAUAAAGCUUGCAAAAUUCA